UUGGCAUUUUUUGAGUUCUAGGUAGUAUAACUCGAGAGAAGGAGUCGAAGUAAAGACGAUGAUUUAGUUCUGUCGGUGUAUUUCACAUUUGUACAAACUGUAUGUGGUUCUCAGUUUCAGUAUCCGGUAGCUAAGACAGCUAGUUGGGCUUUUUAGCUUCGAUUCGCUUGCUGACCUGAUUGGAUAGCUAGGUUAGCUAGCUAGUGUUAUAUCUUUAAUUCAUGUUCUCCUCUUUGGACAUGAAUAAUGUUGGUAAGACAUCAUGCAUAGUUUUAAAGAAUAGCUUUACAGCUAUAGCUACGAGUAGUUAGAUAUCGGUCAAUACCACUUCCCUUGCUAACUUAUCCUAACUAGCUGCACGUCCGUUGUUUGUAUUAGCUAAUAUUAAUGUUAAUUAAUAUCACCUAGCAACUUGGUUACGGGCGCUCUUCUUUUAUUCCUUAAAACAAUGGAGUCUUGCUUAAAUUACAAACCCGAGAGAGUAGGAGCUGUAAUUGUGGAAGAUUUAAGAAAAGAUCUCUUUGCAGAAUUCUCCAAAGUACCCACAUACCAGGAGUCUGUCCUGCUGGAGAAGGAACAUUUGCAGGUUUAUCUCCGAAUACGUCCAUUUACCUCUACAGAGAGUGGUUUUGGUGAAUCACAGGGCUGUAUUUCAAUUGAUCCUCCGGAGACGGUGGUUUUGAAAGCCCCGAGAUCAUCUCUAGCAGCCAGGCAAAGUGAAAGACUGGGACCACAAGUCGCUCAGCGCUUUCAGUUUUCAAAGGUGUAUGGUCCGGAUGCAACCCAAAGGGAGGUGUUUGACGGAACAACGAAAGCACUCGUGAAGGACGUUCUCAAAGGAGAAAAUUCCUUGAUUUUCACUUAUGGAGUUACCAAUGCUGGGAAAACAUUCACAUUUUUAGGCCCAGAAACCGAUGGGGGAAUUCUGCCAAGGUCACUGCAUGUCAUCUUUAACAGCAUUGAAGGACGACUCUAUACUCAGAACAACAUUAAACCCCACCGCUGCAUAGACUUCACAAGGCUGACCAAGGAUCAGCAGGAUGAGGAAGCCACAAAUAAGAAAAACCUUCUAAGAAGAUUAAAAGAGAGUGGUUUGCAAAAAAGCACCUGCAACGUGUCAAAUUCUACUUGCAGCUCCUUACUUGAGGGUUAUAGUUAUGGUGAACUAGAUGGAGAAAGUCUCUGUUUGGAGGAGGACUCCAACAUUAAGUUCUCAAUAUGGGUGUCCUUCAGUGAGAUAUACAAUGAAAAUAUCCAUGACCUGCUGGACUUUGUCUCAAGUGGCUCCCAGAGAAGGAGCACACUGCGACUGUGCCAGGAUGUCAAAGGCAACACAUUUGUCAAAGAUCAGACCUGGAUCCAGGUAAACAGUGCAGAUGAAGCCUACAGAAUUUUAAAGAUUGGAAGGAAAAAUCAGAGUUUCUCUUCUACAAAGAUCAACAGUGUUUCAAGCAGAAGUCACAGCAUUUUUUCCAUCCGAGUCCUACGACUUGAAGAUGUGGGUGUUCCUCGAGUCCAGACAAUCAGCGAGUUGUCCCUGUGUGAUCUUGCAGGAUCAGAGCGAUGCACAAAGACCCAGAACAGAGGAGUGCGCUUAAAAGAAUCUGGGAACAUCAACACAUCCCUGUUAACUCUGGGAAAAUGCAUUAAUGCCCUGAGGCUGAAUCAGACCUACUCAAAGUUCCAGCAGCAUAUCCCUUUCAGAGAUAGCAAGCUAACUCACUACCUACAGGGGUUCUUCUGUGGCCGUGGAAAAGCCUGCAUGAUAGUUAACAUCAACCAGUGUGCUUCUGUGUACGACGAAACCCUGAACGUGCUCAAAUUUUCUGCAUUGGCUCAAAAGGUUGUCGUCCUGAACCCAAAACCAGUAUCUAGCGCUGUACCCAAGAAAUCUGCCAGAGAUGUCUCCAUGAUCCUCAACAAUGUGGAAAAGAAAGAGUGGAUGAGAAGACGCACCCUGAUUGCCUGGGAGACCAGUUUAGAGGAUGUACGGGAGGGUGAGGAUGAUGAAGAAAUGGAGGAGGAAGAAGAAUGUGAUGAGGAGAGCAUGGUGGAAAACACGGUCCAAGAAGCUGAAGAUCAAGAGCUGCACGAGCUUCAUCAGAAAAUUAAAGAGCUUCGGGAAAAGCUUUCUAAUGAAGAAUCGGAAAAAUUGGCCAUGGAAUCUCGCAUCCGUCAAGAAGUUUCCACGGAGUUCAUGGAGCUGUUUUCUGAUAUGGAAAAGGAUUACAAUGAACGUCUUCAGAGAGAGAAAGAUAUCGCAGAAGAGCGAACUGAAAGGAGAUUAGAAAUACUUAAGAAUUUAACCAACGAAACUUUCAGUGGGUUGGCAGACACGGGCCCUGUUGACAACACAACCAAAGAGGCCAGGAUGGAGUUUCUGGAUGGAAUGAUGGAAGUGAUGCAGGGCGACCUGGCUAAGAUAAAGCAAGACGCCGAGGCGACACAGAAGUGUCUGGAGAAUGCGGCCAGGUCCCCCGGGGUGGUCGCCAGACUGAGGGCACAGCUGGACAAGGUGGCGGAGGAGCUGCUUGAAAGCCAGCGGCUCCUAGGUGUCAAAACCAAGGAAAUGGAUACGGUGCUUGCGCAGAGGCAGAAAAGCAGUGACCAGCUACUGGAAGCCAACAAGAAUUAUGAAAAUCGGGUAGUGAGGUGUCAGGAGCUCAUGGCUAUUUGCCAAGAGAAAGAUGAAAUGAUCUCCAAGCUGCAGACAGCUUUAGAUCGCAGUGUUGAGGCAGCUAAUGAGGAAAGGGCCUUUAUUGAUACCGUUAAAGAAGAAAUCUUACAUUAUAGAAAUAAUUGCAAGUGUUUGGUCAAUGAUGGCAAGGAGGAGAUGAAGGACCAGGAAAUCCAGCGGCUUGUGCUGACUUUGAAAGAGAGGGACGAGCUUGUAGACAAGCUGAAACAUGAGCAGGAUUCACUCCAGGAGAAAGUGAAGGAACUCACUGAUGAGCUUAAAAAGCAGGCCCAGGCAUACGGAAGCACCGUCUCCAUGCUUGAGGCAGAAAAGGCCGCGACGGCCAAACUCGCAGGCGAGAAUCGGGCUCUUUCCAGCAAGCUCAGUGAGCUCCAACAGACGACCAGUGACAUGAGCGUCAAGCUCAAAGCCUUGAAAACCGAUUUAGGCACCCAGAUAAGUGCAGCAAUUAAGCUUUCUGAGGAGCUUGAGACAGCCAAGGCUCUUCUCAGAGAAGGUGAAGAAGAGCGUAGCAAGCAGUCCAGCACCAUUGGCUCCUUGAAGCUGGAGGUGGAGAACCUGAGGCAGAAGCUUCAUGCCCACGCCCAGGAGCUUUUUCAGGGACGAGAGUCCGACUGCGCCUUCCGAAAAACCAUCGAGAGUCUCCGUAAAGAGUGCGAGGCGAUGAUGUCGGCCUCGCAGGAGAAGAGCCGGAGGAUCGAGGCCCUGGAGCCGGAGCUCAGCCGUGCCAGAGAGGAGCUGUGCCAGCUGGAGAACACACAUGAGCAGUUUAGACGAGAGCGAGACGCCCAGAGGGAGGAGGCCUGUCAUGCUCUGGACCACUACGAGGCAGAGAGGCAGGCGGCAGAGAGGCAGGCGGCAGAGCAGGCGACUGCACACAGCUCCGAGCUGCGGGUGGAGCUGGACGGCGCGAGGCAGCGGUUGGCAGCUCUCGAGGAGCAGGCGCGGGCCUCCUCGCACAGCUCCGAGAGAGCCAGGGAGCUGGAGCUGGAGUUGGCCGAGAGACAUGCCCAAUGCGCAUCUCUGCAGGAGACGCUCCAGCAGUGCCAGAGCGAACUGGCCCAGGCACGGGAGGCUUUGAGGAAGCAGCGUGGAACCGCAGAAGAGGUAGAGAAGAGGAGUGUGGAGGCCUGGAACACAAGCCAGGAGGCAGAGAGGAGACGAAGAGAAAUGGAGCAAGAGCUCGCAUGUAAAGAUGCAGAACUCAAGACUAAAGCUCAGGAGAGUUUAAAGCUCGAGACGCAGGUGGCCGAAGAGCUGGGUAAAAUUCAGAGCUUACGUGCCGACCUGCAGCAGAAGGAGAAACGCAUCUUGGAUCUCCAGGCCAAGGUGUCUCAGGGCAGCACUGAUGCUGAGCGCCUGCGGACAGAGGUCACGGCCCUGACCGAAGAGAUCCGAGCUCUGCGACAGAAACUGAACGACGCAGAGGAGGAGAGGGAUCGGGCAAUGUCCACCCUGCCUAGCAAAGCGCAGACUGUUGCCCAGCCAAACACCGAACAGUCCAGUUCGCAAGAAGCUCUCCAAGAAUGUAAGCGCUUUAACACAAGCUUCCCCCACCGCAGCAGCACUGGUAGCAAGACCUUAAUGAGGAACCAAUUGCUUCCGGACAAGGACAGGCUGAUGGAGGAAAUGCAGCUCACACUAACAGACAGUGAGAGGACGCGGGUGGAGCGAGCGCUUGCGGCUCGGCUGAAGGUCAUCGAAUCCCUAAGUGAAGAGCUCAUGAAGUUGAAGAAGUGGCAGAGAGAGCACGCGACUGCCUCCGGUCCUGAUCACGCAGGUCAAGGACAGGACACUACAGGACACUGGACAAGAGCCAGGAAGUUGGUGGUACAGUCAGGAGGAAAGCUUCUGUCCCCCGAUGAACCCCGGAGGGCAAAGCAGAGAGACCAGAUGACGGGACAACCACAGCAAAAGACGGAUGGCAGAGUGCCAGCUGAUGUGGACUGCUCAGCGCUCUCCACUGAGGAUGAGAAGGAUAAUCACUUCCCCAAACUUGACGUGGAGAUCAGCUUCACCCCCCUCAAGCCCAACCCCGUGAACCUCCGCAGGCCUGGAGGCGACGCGUCCGUCACGGUCAAAACUGGGAGCAAGGCUCGGAAGAGGCGGAGUGCAGCGGUGGAGAACUUGGUGCAGUCAGAGAACAGGAAGAAACUGCGACUCCAGGGGAGCUCCAGGGCAGAAGUGCUGCCUGUGCAGUCGCCCAUGGCAGUCGGUAAAAAAUCCAGUCCGUUCAAGCGUAAGGAUCCCGCCAGUCUGAGAAGCAGGAAGGAUGGAGCCCUGCAGAAGAUUGGGGACUUUAUCCAGAGUUCACCAACCCUGCUCGGGAGCAAAGGCAAAAAAAUAAUGGCCAUGGUGAAGUCCCCGGAGUCACAGCCUGACACGGCAGCCAACAGCAAACCCAAGAGGUCCAAACGCAAGCUGUUUAAGGGUCAAAUCUCAUCCCCGUAUGAUUCGCCUUCUCAUCCGAUGUUGGAAAUGGAUCCAGAUGACAAGGAAAGUGAUCAUUUCAUCAUCAAGAGGAAGCUUAGAACACGAACUGCUAAAAGACAACCACAGCUGUACAUCAGUAAAUAAAGCUGUAGCCAUGCAUUUUAUGGUGAAGUAGUUUACUAAGAGUAAAAGGAAAAUCGGAGUCUUCUGAAAAUUGAUUUGAAUUGAAUUUUUCCUGGAUGAUGUAUAUAAAUGAUUUAAGAGUGUGGUGGGGUUGUUGUUGUUUUUUUUUUUUUUUGAGAAAUAUUUUUUUUUUACGAUAAGAGGAUGUCGUUAUUGAGGUAGAUAAGCAUCAAAAAUCAAACUCGGGUCCUCUUAUCCAUGUUGAAUUGUUCUACUACAGUUAGUUCUGUACAUUUUUGUACAUUUUGUAAGUGGUGAGCAAAAGCAAAACCACUAAAUCUGUCGUGCACUCAUGCAAGGCGUGGAGUGACUCUCAAUCUAGGGUGAGUGGCUCGGGGAAUGUUCUAGAUGUUUGUGAGGGGUCAGCAUGCUGUCUCAGUCAUUUGUUACCACUGUCAGUGGACGGAGGUAGUUGUCAUCUGAGAAGAGUAAGUCAUAAAUUUUAGCCGACACCUCUCGAUCUCUGCGUGAGGUGCAGCUGCAUGUUCACUGUUGUGCUUGCCCGCCCCACACACAGAAGUCAUUUGGAGUGACGUUGCAACCAAAACUGGCCUCACUCCACCUCUCGGCUCAAGUUCGAUUUCUUGUGCCUAUGCCCCAUCUUAAAUACCUGCAGUACAAAACGCAGUGAAGAGUCACGUUUCUGAUGUGAAUACCACAGUAAUCUUCGUUCGCCUGUAAUCGGCCAGGUGCCACGGCGGUCCUCUGGUUCCCAGAUGUGCCAGCUGUAUUUCCAGCUCUGAUUGGCCGCCUGCCUGGUUCCUGCACAACCAGGAUCUGUCAUCUGUAUAGGCGCCUGCGUUUGUGUCUUCUCCUGACCCUGUUAUAAUUGUUCUGGCUUUUCUCUGUGUUUUCCAGUGCCUGUACAUCUGUCUAUCGCUGUAUGUCCUGCUAUCUGUGUACCUGUUCCACGUGCCGCUCGCUCCUGUAUCCUGCUUCUGUGCCUUCUACCAUCGCCCCAUGUUGUCAUUUUUAAGUUUUUCUAAAGGUUUGUUUUAGAGUAUAUUUUUUACAUUUUGGCGCAAUAUAA